AUGGACGAAAUUUAAGUAUAACAAAUAGGAAAAAAAUAAAUUGAAGAUGAUGAUUCUGAACUACAUACUUCUGAUUCUGAUUUAUUUGUACCAGAUGACUCAAAUACAGAAGAUAUACAUGCUAUAAGAGAAAAAUAUAACUUGACUUCAAAUUUAUAUUCAAAAAAAGAUACUGUUAAAAAAGAAGAAAAGAGAAAAAAUAGUAGCAGAAACAGAGAACUUCAAGUAAGAAAAGGAAAAGAAUUCUUGGUAUAUGAAGUAUUAAAACGAUGGUGGUAUGUAAUUAAAGAAUGGCCUCCUUAAGAUUAUAAUUAUUAACUUUUAUUAUAAUAACAUAAAUUGAGAGUUUUACCAAAGCUCAAGUUUAGAUUUGCUCCUGAAGUUGAUGAAAAUGGAUUUACUAAAUGCUAUGAGAUUCUAGGUUAUGAAGGUCUUUAUAAAGAUGCUAACAAUAAAUUUUAUGAUUUAAGACCAGAAGAAAAUAAACCCAAAGCAUUAGAAAAUUCAGAAGUUAUAUUAUUAAAUUUUUUAUAUCUAAAUUACUAAUAAAAUAUAAAAAUGGUGAAAAUUUAAGAAUUUAAUCCUAAUAAUGAUCCUUAAUCUAUUUAAAAAAAUUCAACUUUCAGCACAUUAUUUUCUAUGCUAAAUACUAUGGUCGGAGGAACCAUUCUUUUGCUUCCUGUAUUAUUUUAAAAAGCUGGUAUAAUUUUAUCUGUUAUAAUAGUUUCCAUUAGUGGUUAUAUAAGUUAUAAAACAUGUGAUGUUUAUAUGUAACAUUUGAAAUAUAAAGAAAAAGAUGUUUAAGAUAGUGUAAAAAGGCUUUUAGGUUAAAAAUAUUAUUUAUUUUUUAUGAUUAUUUGUACGAUGUUUUUAAUAUUAAUUGCAAUAAUAUAUUUUUUAUUUAUAUGUCAAAUGCUUUUAGAUAUAGUCAACUUCUUUAUAUUUUAAAUUACUAAAGAUGAAAAUAAUUUUUGCAAUAAUUAAGAGUUUUGCUUUGAUAAAUUUUCUCUUUAAUAUAGUACUUUAAUUUCAACUGUUUUAAUAAUAUAUCUUUGUUCACUUAAAAAUUUGAAUUUUAUAAUUAAAAUUGCAGAAUUGGGAGUUUAUUCUAUUUAUUCUUAUAUAAUAUUUAUUAUUUAUAGCUUUUUCGAAAAUUUAUAUUAAAUAAGCUUUAAUGAUAUCAAAAAAUUUGAUUUUUCAGAAACUGGAUAAAUAGGAGGACCUAUAGCUAUGGCUUUCGCUAUACAUACAACAGCAGGUUCAAUGCUAAAAUGUAAUAAAAAAUAAGAGAAUAAUAGAAGAGAUUUAGCAAUUGUUUAUUUUAUUGGAAAUUGUAUUUAUUGUUUCAUAGGUUUAAUUGGAGCUUUUGGAAUGCAAGUAAAUUUAUAAUCAAUAAUUUUUAAAAUAUAUUAAUUUAAAAAGAUUCCUAUUCUUAUUGUUAAUUUGAUUUAUUUUAUUCAUUUAGUUACUGUGUUUCCUAUAUAUUUUGGUGUUUGUAGAAAAAGAUUUUUUGAAAUAAUAUUCAAUGAUUGCAAACCUAAUAAUAAAUAAAUACAAAUAGUAAAUUAUAUAUUUAUUAUCAUAUGUGUUAUAAUUACCAAUAUUUAAUAAAUUCAUCCCGAUUUAAUUGCUAAUAUUAAUGGUGCUUUUUGCUGUUUUUUUAUAGUUUAUAUUUUUCCUAUUUUAAUUGAUUUAUAAUGUUAUAAUGGAUAGAACAAAAUUAUUUUAAGUAUUAAGAAUUCUAUCAUAUAAUAAAAAAGCAGUCAAAAAAAUGUAUUUAUUUUUUAAAAUUUUUAUAUUACUUUUUAUUUUGAAAAAAAAAGACCAAAUAAAGAAUACGAUGAAUUAAUUAUAGAUAAUGAUGAAAAUAUAUAAAUUAAUUAAUAACUUAUAAAAAAUAAUAUUUAAUAUGUGAAUAUCCAUUAAAAAAUAGAAAAUUAAUAAUUUAUUGAAACUUGCAAUUAGCAUGAACAUAGGACUGAUACAGAAAAAAAUUAUGUUAAAGUUCUCUACGUAAUUUUAUGUAUAAUUGGAUUAAUUGUUUUAAUUUUAGGAUUUUAUUCGGCUGUAAAAGAAGCUAUUAAAUGA